UUGUGUAUUGUAUACAUAUUUAUCAUUUUCGAGUGGCUUUACCCUCACUAUUAUGAAUGUGUCAGUAUUUUGUGAGGAUAUUCAGUGCUAGUUUUCAACGUUUAUUUUUGAAAUAGUUUUAUCCGCGACUUCGUUUACACAAACGUCAGAUCGUGAAGGAAUAUCAGGAAAUUCUCUUUUUUGAUAACGACACGGGGACGUAUCGGAAAAAGAAACAAUGAUGUUCCUAUCCAUCAUCCUGGUCCUCGUAGCUUCAGCCGCGACCCAGGAGGAAGAAGCAUGUCCCACUUGCGUCAAAGUGGAGACUUCUUGCUACAACAUCUCCUUUUUGUUCGACCUCAAUGCGACCUUCAGAACUCACGUCAUGGUCCACAAAAUGGGCGUUCUUAGAUAUGACAACACACUAUUUUAUGCGUUCGAGCCACCCAUUGAAGACAAGGAGUAUUAUAAAGUCGCCUACGUCAAUUUAGACAAUCCCGAACAGGACGGCAUCAUUUCUGAUAAUAACAAUCAAAUAAUGAACCUUGGUACCUUCGACAUUGACCAAGAUAAUUCUAUAGUGUACCUAGGGGGCAGUAACGGAUUAUUUUCAUUCGACAAAGAUAAAAAUUUGAAGUAUUACAGCUCAAGAGGUGACAAUAUCAAAGCUGUUUUUUAUAAAAUGUACGUGUUUUUCGCGAAAACAAAUGAUUCUAGUAUAGUUGAGAAGAGAGGUGAUCAGUUCGAGAUUAUUGAAGAAGAUUUGCCGUUGAAAACGUUUGUUAUAACGAAGUAUGAUGAGAUGGUGUAUUUGAGUAAUUAUGGUCUGUUUUUGAAGAAGAAAGAAGAGACUGUACGGCUGUCGAAGAACGCAUUUUUUAGAGGAUUGACAAUGGAUUUAGAUGGGGGUGUGUACGCUUGGUGGGUUGAUGGUAUAUAUAAGGUCAUGAUAGCUAAGAAUUUGAACAGGUCAAAUAUAGUCAAAGUUGCUGAUUUACCUUCCAUAGGAGCGAUGGCUUUUGAUAAUAAUAAUAAUAUAUUGUACAAUGACGGUAGAGGGUUGUAUAGAAUGACCAAAUUGGGUAGUAUGGCGGCUUGUAAGGAUGAGGAAACUAAUGUGCUGUGA